CACCCGAGUCGUCUGGCAAGACUGGCGGGCACCGAGUCGUCCUGGCAAGACUGCGGGCACCGAGUCGUCUGGCGGAACAGCGGGCAUCGAGUCAACAUGGCGAACAGCGGGCACCGAGUCGUCUGGCAAGACUGCGUGGCACCGAAUCACCCAGGCACAACAGUGGCCUCUGACUCAAUUGGCCCACGACAGCGGGCCACCGGAGUCAUCAGGCAUUGGAUCGUCUGGCUCGACAGCGAGGGCAUCGGGUCACCA